AUGACCCUCUCCACGUUUGGAAAGUACAAGGAGCUGGUAACUGGGAAGCGGGCCAGGGAAAUCAUCGCUGUCUUGUGGAUUCUUUCCUUCGUGAUUGGCCUGAUCCCGUUCCUGGGCUGGAAUAAGAAAGACGAGGCAUGCCCCAACAUCACAAACCAGACCCACGGAAACGAGUCAUCUCACAGCUGCGAUGUCUCCUGCUUCUUCGAGAAGGUGGUAGACAUGAGCUACAUGGUCUACUUUAACUUCUUCGGCUGCGUCCUGCUGCCUCUGCUCAUAAUGCUGGGGAUCUACAUCAAGAUCUUCAUGGUGGCCCGAACGCAGCUGAGGCAGAUUGAGCACAAGUGCAUCAAUGGGGACAACUCGCGCAGACGGCUCCAAAAAGAAAUCAACGCUGCCAAGUCCUUAUCCAUCAUUGUGGGCCUGUUUGCCCUCUGCUGGCUCCCUCUCCACAUUUUAAAUUGCCUCAACCUGUUUUAUAAAGACUUUGCCAAUAAGAAGCCGGAAUUUGUGAUGUACGUAGCCAUCAUCUUGUCCCACGCCAACUCUGUGGUGAACCCCAUCAUAUACGCCUACAGGAUCCGUGAUUUCCGCAACACCUUUCACAAGAUCAUUUACAAGCACAUUCUCUGCCAAAAGGACGAAUUGUAUAAGAGCACCGACGGCAGUAUGUACAACAGAAACGAGAUUGCGAGAAACACGACUGUUCUGUUACUGUAGUAAACCGCGACAACUAAAAAAACUGUGUGCUGUCGCUAAAUGUUUACAGGAGAAAAGGCAGACAGGAGGUGUUGUUUAAUUUUGAAAUAAUGUGACGAGCACAGUGCCUUUUACUGAUGGGUUUUAGUAUUUUUUUUUUUUUUUCUGAAGUCUGCAAAACACAGCACUGGGCCGUGGAGGCGAGGAAGACUUUUUUUUUUUUUUUUUUUUUUUUAAAUCAUGACAACUGCAUGUAGUCUCCUUUACAUAAUCUACACCCAGAUUCAGAGAGUCAGUGGUAUGGAAGCUGGUCGCUUUCCCAGUCUAAAUCGUUCAAUGUUCAUUCUGCCAAACCAACACUCUGAAACUGUCCCUGUCUGGUUAAUUAAAGGCAUCUGUUUUUACUCUGUGCUUUAAACAUUUCAACACCCACUAUUUCCAAUGGGACCUAAUGGGUCAAUUCGAAUGGAAACAGUGGCUCCCUUCUUCUAUUUUUCAAUGCCUAAUGCCAGAUAUAUUCAGUGUGGCUGCUGAUCUGUGGCCAGUUAAAGCUGCAGUAUCCCAUAACCAUGUUCAGUUGUAUACCUAAAUAUGAUUCCUUUGUGUCAGUUUACUACAUUCCUCUGGGCACUACUCUUCCUCCCUCUUUGAAGCCCAAACUGAACAAUACAGACACAGUCCUGGCACCAUGUGCAACAGCCCUAAGAUAUCUUAUCAUCUACCAGCUCUUUUUUUGCUCAGGAAAGCAAAAUAAAAACCUAAACAAAAAGCAAAUAUCAUGUUUUUCCUCCCCAUCGUUUUACAUGAAGUGCCUACAAAACUAGUAAAAUAUGGUCCAUUAAAAAAAAAAAAAAAAAAAAAAAAAAAGAAAUUGAAAUAAUGUGUUAAAAACGACUGGAGAUUAAAUAUUUCAAAAUUGUAUUUAGAGUCCAGUUAAUGAUAUCCUGUAUCUUCUUGGAUCUGGGGUAAGAUUUUCUGGAAUCACUGCAGUAGUGCAAUUUAAAAUCCAAAUGCGUCAUUAUCUUAAGUCGUGGGCUUAGAAACCCUUUUGGAUAGACCCUUCACUUUGUUGUAUUACAGCAUGUCGUUCCAGUAAAAAAACAUAAAACAUAAACACAUAAAAACAUAAACUGUACAUCACUCCAGAGUGACUAAACAGUUGAGUGACUAAACAGUUGCUGUAAACUUAUGUGUGAAAGAACAAAUGUUUUAUAGACUAACAUUUGAUUUCAGGUUAUAUACUAAAGGCUUUCUCAUAUUGCAAUGGUGGAAUGAUCUCCUGUGUAGCCUAUAAGACAAUAAUCACGGCUGCCUUGUGGUCACAAAAUGUAGUUUUUUUUUUUUAAACCCAUUUAGUAUGUAGAAGACCUACAACAAGGAGCCUUUAAAAGAUCCUUCAUUAUCCAAUUCUCCUGCCAAGAUAUGCAGUCCUUCAGCUUUCAUUAGAUCUGACCAGAAUACUUAAUUACAACCCCAUUACUCAACAUCAUAAAGCCAGUAAUUCAGAGAGAUAUACAAGAUAGGGGUUUUUCUGUACCACUAAGAUUCAUAUACUUUGUUUGGAAUGUGAUUUACAUUUCAACAUUUUUCUCUUACUCUACACUAGUGUAGCAGUGCAGGCACGUCAAUCUAGUCUGGGUAAGACGCAUGCUUUUCAGUCGAUGGGAAAGUGCUCUAUUUUCCACACCCCUGUUUGAAACACACCCCCUCUGCCCCCCAAUACGUACAGUAGCUUUGUGUAGAAAACAGACUUGAUCUGUGAAUUGAAAUGUCGCUUCUGAUAUAACCAGAACAAAAAGGGAUUUACAAAUGAGCCUAUUAAUUUCUGUUUGGCAACUGUGUCGACAAUAUAACUACAGGUGUUGGGCUUACUUUGUUGUCUUUGAGAAAUGCUUUACAACUUUAUAAAACGGCAUCUGUUUAAGAUCAAAAAAUAUUUUACAACCAACUGUCAGGAAAGCAGAAAGCCAGAGCUAUGUCCUGUAGUAAUUGAACUAGUUGAAACCAGUAUGUAUAUAUAUAUAUAUACACACACACACCAAUACACAUAGUACCAAUUCACAGUGUCAUAAAUACAGCAUCCAACGCUUCAUUACUCUAGUCUUUCUGUUGCAGGGAAGGAAAUGUAUGUCGAUUGUGUGCCUAGUGUUGUCUACUGUUUCCCAAUGACAAUAGUUAUACUAUUUGAAUUGGUGUAAUUCACAUUUAUACCCAAGUGUGGUGACUGUUCGCAACACAGGGGCAGAGACCUUACCUUACCUAGUUUGGUCAGUUACUGGUUGGUAUUAAAAAAAAGAAAAGGUUUAUGGGGAAUAUGUUUAAGGCAUAACAUACCACUAAUGGAAUAACAACUAUUCCAAAACUGAAGAAAUAUAUUCCAUACUAGUUGUUGCAUUGUGUUCAGCAAGCUGUCUACAAGUUUGUGUUUCUAAUUGUAUGCAGCUUUUCUGAACACACAGGUGUUCUUCAUUCUUUUUGUACAGAAUAAGUUUUGCAGUUGCAGUACACUAUGUAAUGCGUGGGUGUAUUUGCUUGUCAAAUAGUAUGGAGGAUUGACGUUACAAUGAUGUUAAUGAAUAAGAUAAUUUAUUAAAAAUGUUGUCCGAUUCAUUACAGAAAAUACCUGCAUGUAAAUUUUUAUAAAAGAAGAAUUUUAUUUCCUGUCUUGCAGGAAAGCAUUUUAUAUGGCCUAAAUGAAGUACAGGAAAAAAGGAAACUGCAAAGAUUUUAUUUCUUUGUGUAGUUUGGCUUCUGAGCGUUAUCCUAAAGAUGCAUUUCCUUUAUAGACAUUUUAACUGAUAUCACUCCAGAGACAGAUCACAGAAGGCAAGAUCAGUGUGGAGGACUGUGACAGGGGAGUGUCACAGCCCAGGCUGGCUACCGGCAGGAAUUAGACCCAGAAAGCUGCAGUUUUAUGCGCUUACGAUCGUGUUUA